CGGAUGCGCGUACCGUAAGAUCAUCGUAAACUAUCAUAAUCAUGGCGGCGAGUGAUUCCAUUACUCCCCGUACUAUGCUCGCGCUCUCUCUCUCUUACGGUUUUUAAGCACUAGGGUUUCCGCAUUGUGAGCUACGGACUGGCGGCGCGAUGUCUCCUGAAGCGCCGCCGUUCUGCAAGGGAGACAAAGUCGAAGUCCUCAACCGCGAGCAUUUCUCAAUAUGGUUCCCCGCGGCUGUGCUCCGGCCGCUUGCGAGGAGGAACGGCGGAGCCGAUCAGAUCUACGUCGAAUUCGAGACGUUGUGUUCCGACGAUGAUCCCACCAGGCGGAGGAAGGAGUUCGUCUGCGCCUCCUCUGUCCGCCGCGAGAAACUUGCUGCUAUUUUAAAGUUGGGGACAGCGCCGAUGUUCUCUAUGAACAGAGAGGGUGGAGGACUGGGACGGUGGACGAAAUUCUGGAGAGCUCGAUGUACGCCGUGACUCUAGGAGGCGAAAAUGAGGCGGCGGAGAGCGUGGUGGCGGAGCAAUGGCAAUUGCGGGUCCACAGGGAUUGGAAUGACGGGUCUUGGGAUCCACCGAUUGAACAUCAAUCUGACCCUAACUCCCAUCAGUGCCAACACUCACAGAAGAAAUCUGAGGAUUCGGUAAUGACAGCAAGUGGAAUCAAACUCCGGAUCAAGUGUAACAGAAGACCCCAAGCUAGGAAGUUCAGCAAGGAAAAGCUUGUGGAGGUUAGGCAUAAUGGUGAAGGUUUUGAUGUAUCUUGGUAUGCUGCAGUUAUGAUGGAUGUAUUAAGAAGCGGGAAACUCUUGGUACAGUAUCAGUCCUUAAAGACAGAAAAUGGGAUUGAACUUCUCACAGAAGAGGUUGAUGCAUCAUGCGUCAGGCCAUUUCCACCUGAAAUUGAAAGGGUCAAUCCUCUUGACCAUCUUGACAAAGUUGAUGCUUGGUUUGAUAAAGGAUGGUGGGAGGGAUAUGUGUGGGAGGUUUUUGAAGAUAUGAAUUACGUGGUAUGUUUAGGGUCCACAAAUCAACUCUCAACAUUUGCACAUUCUAACUUGAGGCCUCACCAAGACUGGAUCAAUAACAAAUGGGUUGCGGCUGCAAAGUUUAAUUUGCCAAGGAGCACAAAUGAUGUGACAGCAAAGUCAACUGCCGCAAAGUUGAAGAUGAAGGGUGAUGCAAAGGUGUUAGGUCCUAAGUUCAGUAAGGGAAUGAUGGUAGAAGCCACAAGCUUUGAAGAAGGUUACCAUGGUUCUUGGUUCACUGCUCUCAUUUUCGACACCAAGGAAGAGGAGAACGAGUAUGUGUUGCAAUAUCAGACUCUGAAAACAGAUGAUGAAUCUGAACUCCUAAAGGAAAAUGCAGAUGCCUUCAAUAUUCGCCCUUGCCCCCCCAUUAUCCAACGGGUUGAUCGCUUCAAAAUGUUUGAACAAGUUAAUGCGUGGUACAAUGACGGGUGGUGGGAGGGUCUCAUUUCCAAAGUUCUUGAAGGCUUAAAGUAUGUGGUGUAUUUCUGGAACACAAAUGAAGAAAUAGAGUUUGAACAUUAUGGUAUUAGGCAUCAUCAAGAGUGGAUUGAUGGAAAAUGGAAAAUUGCUUCCAAGGAGUCCUACAAACUACCUAAUCCCAACCUCGGGUUAAUGAAGAGAUGCAGCACCAUGAUUGGCUCAGGAACGCGUUUUUGCAAUGGAGAGAAGGUGGAGGUUAUAGAUGGGGACGAAAACCAGCUUGGACAAACUUGGUAUUAUCCGGCUUUGAUUUUGAGGCCAAUAGGCAAUGCCAAGUACUUGGUAGAGUUCAGGACGCUAAAAUAUGAUCAUGCAACCGAACUGUUGAUUCACGUAGCAGAUGCUUUGUGUAUAAGGCCUUCCCCUCCUCUGCUGCAAAGAACUGACCGAUACAGAGCUCUUGAUGACGUUGAUGCUUGGUUCAUUAAUGGUUGGCGGGUUGGUCGAGUAUGCGAAGUUCUUGAGGGUGGGCGGUACAAUGUAUAUUUUGAGACUACAAAUGAGAUAUUAGAAUUUCGGCAUAAUGGAUUGCGGCCUCAUCAGGAUUGGAUAAAUAGCACAUGGGUGAAUCCUAAACAACGGGUACGUUUUUCCCUUAAAGAAACAAGUAAUUGUGAAUUUGUGAUGGCUCUUUAUCUUCCUCUGAGUGUGAAGCACUUCCCUUGGUUGUGAGGAGUAGCAAGGCACCACCAACAUCACCCAAAGUUCAUUACAGGCGCGAGUAUUAGGUAAACGCGGCGGUUCGUGUCCAUUCCCACUAUGCACAGCUCUGACUCUGAAAAUAGGAUUAGAUGAAAGAGGAUUGGAGACGCGAUCACUUGUCUUCUUUCACACUAUGGAUAUAUUAUUAGUUUAUUAAUCAACGUAAAUUGGGAGAGGUUAAGAAGAACUCUAACUCUGAUCUUUCAUUAGUGUUUUGAUGAUUCAGUGUCAAAAAUACUCCCUUACCGGGAAAGGUUUGAUAUGACAUAUGAUCCAUAAAAUGUUACUCCGUAUUAACUUAUGAUGAUGGUAUAGUAUUAAGGCUCAAAUUUGAUACUUAGUACAUAUAAUGCUGUUACGCCAACUUGUUGGGACUUGGGAGUGUUAAUGAAGGGUUUCUCUCUCU